CCCCCUUUCGCGCCGCCGGUACUAGUUCGCCCCGGUCGCUCCCGGUCGCCCAGCUGCCCCUGGUACCCCGCGUCCGCUGGUGUGUCUGGAGCGCCGCGGCCACACAAUGUUGGGCAUGAUCAGGAACUCGCUGUUCGGGAGCGUAGAGACGUGGCCUUGGCAGGUCCUGAGCAAAGGGGACAAGGAAGAAGUGUCCUAUGAGGAAAGGACCUGUGAAGGCGGGAAGUUUGCCACAGUGGAGGUGACAGAUAAGCCUGUGGAUGAGGCCCUACGGGAAGCAAUGCCCAAAGUCAUGAAGUAUGUGGGAGGCACCAAUGACAAGGGGACUGGGAUGGGAAUGACAGUUCCCAUCUCCUUCGCCGUGUUCCCCAGUGACGAUGGCUCACUGCAGAAGAAAAUCAAAGUCUGGUUCCGGAUUCCAAACCAGUUCCAGAGCAACCCGCCGGUUCCCAGCGAUGACAGCAUUAAGAUUGAGGAGCGGGAAAGCAUCACUGUCUACUCCAAGCAGUUUGGGGGUUAUGCCAAGGAAGCUGACUACGUCGCCCACGCCGCCCAGCUGCGCACGGCCUUGGAGGGCACAGCCACCUACCGGAGUGACAUCUACUUCUGCACUGGGUACGACCCGCCCAUGAAGCCCUAUGGACGUCGCAAUGAGGUCUGGCUGGUGAAGACCUGAGUUGUUCGCCGAGCCCGCACUCCCAGGAUGUGGGCUGUCACCCCUGACUUGGGCGGGCAGGAGGGGCUUCUGACUGCAACUUCAGCUCAACCAACUUUCCUUCAAAGCCAGUUACUGCCAGUUUUCUGAAACAUGCACGUUCAAUACCAGGGCUCUUUUUCUCGUGGUGGGAAAUACAGCCAAGUCAGGCCGCACCCCUUCCCUUGAUUUAGAAGAUUGGUUGUAGACCAGGAAAACCCCAGCAGCAUUUUCCCAGCCACCUGCGUCCCAAUAAACUGAUGUUUUAAAAUGAUCGAAUCUGUAUUUUUGUAAUUGAGAGGGGAAAUGUAAUCUGUGUGCAAUCUUUCAUCUGUGAUUCUUCUAAGACUUUGUCUAAAAAUAAAGUGAAAAUAAAGUUCUUUGACUUAAA